CAACCGCUCUCGAGGAAGAGAUCUGGGAAGAUGGAUGCGCAGUUCCUCUCUGCCAAUUCGAAGCAGACGCCCUUCCAUCCCGCCCACUCCAACAAGGAUGACCAGAGGUCCACCUACUUCGGCAGGCACUCGCCCUCGCGUACGUGAGAUCCAGAGGAACGCACGCGUACCUGCAGCCCCCCCACUCAUUCACAGAUCCGUCAUCUGGGAUGUUUCUUGCUUGCAGCUGGUGAGCGGCGUGCUGGCGGCUUCACAUCCCCCCGCCGCGACCGUCGCUCUGUGAGGGAUCUGCCCGCGGAACUGUCGGAGUUCCAGCUUCCUAAGGGUGCUGAUCGGGGCGCACAAACGAUAGGAGGCUGGCAAGAGGGUAUGCAUGUGUUGUUGCCUGUACUCCUUUCAGGCGCGUCGUGGCUGGAAUGGACUUCGACGAAGGCUCCCCGGGAAGGCCUCACCAACGUCGCGGUGAGGAAGACACACACAGGAAUGGCGUCAGUCAGUACUGUGCUGAGACGGCACUCGUGUGGGUGACGUAUAGGUCAAGAUCGAAGGCGUCAGGGGCGAGAUCACCAAGGCAGAGCUGCACGAGGCAAUCAGUAAGGGCAUCUAUGCAGCCCCACAGAGCAGACGGCUUGCAGCAGACACCAUCACGUCACUGUGGGGUGUGUGUGUCACAGAGGAGCUGAUCACGCACAGCGGUUUCCAGAAGAUGUACUGUGCCGUUGACCCCACGCCCACGCAGUCGACCCUGCAGAUCUAUGUCACAUUCACACUCGACGAUGCCGGGUCAGUCAACAGCAUUACAAAACACAGGCGACAAGGCACGUUCCCGUUCUGGCUUGUUGUCCUUCAGAGUUCGCCGCGCCGAGCGUGUCAAGACUCGCACCGACGGUGUGGAUCAGGCCAUUCUGGUGCCCAACGCAUGGAAGGGCCGACUGGUCGCCUCAAUGGGCACUCUCAUCGUCCCCGACCAGCACAACUGAGCGAGGCGUAUUGUCUUGUCCUUUUGGCCUUCGCAUUUCAUUCUGUGUGCGUCACUCACGAGCUCGCUGCCUGCCUUGUCAUAUUGCGCCUGCCCGGUACUGGUCAGCUGCUCACUCAGCACAGUGUGGCAGCUGACAAGUGCGGGGCGGGGGUGGGAUGACAAGGCGGACAGCGAGACCCGAUCCCAUGUCAUAUGUCCACCAUCCAUGCGACUGGGCACUCGUCGGUACGUUUCCCAUGGGUGACACGAACAGACAGACAAGGAACAGACAGACAGACAGGCGACACCAACAAGAUGGUUGUGAGAGCAAACCUGUGGUAUGCAGCGUAUGGCGUACGUCGUACAUGUGGGUCUAUGGUAUCUGUCGGUGUAUGGUGUAUAAUAAUGUAUCAGAGAGGGGCAGGCAGCCUUUUUUGCUGUCUGUCCAUAUGAGCCCUGUGGUGUGGUGCUAUAUGUGGGUGUUUGUAUGAUACGCAGUGUGGCACAUGUGGUGUGGAUCCGAUCCGGAUGCUAUGCGAUGCGAUGCGGCAGGCCGCUUUUUCGGUCUGCUGCAUCUGUCUGUGUGUCUCGUGAGUCUAUCUCGUGAGUCUAUCGCGGUGGUGGUUUGUGUAUGCUGGCUGCAUGUGGGUGUGGCGUGGGGUUGAACUGACACACACAGACUGACUGGUGGUGUGGUGGUUCGUUUCACUUGAGAAAAGAUGUGUCCGCGCGUCCGUUCGUCUGUCAAAUCUGUCACGAUGAUGUAAUGUGUACG